AUGGGUACCAUAGUAUUAACCCUCUGUUUGCUAUUUCUAGUAAAUUCGUCUCUACAGGAUUUCCCUUUCCGUAAUACAUCAUUAUCAUGGGAUGAAAGAGUGGAUGAUCUGGUAGGACGAUUGACACUUGAUGAAAUCCAACUACAGAUGGCUAAAGGUGGUGCCGGAAUAAAUGGACCGGCUCCUGCAAUUGACAGACUUGGAAUCAAACCAUAUCAAUGGGAUACUGAAUGUCUUCAUGGUGAUGUUGGACACAAUGCCACAGCGUAUCCUCAAUCUAUUGGACUAGCUGCAACCUUCAGUACAGAUCUGAUAUUUAGAAUGGCUGAAGCUACAGCAGUAGAAGUUCGAGCUACUAAUCAUGCUAAUGUACAGAACGGAUCGUAUAAGGGUCAUACUGGACUGAGCUGUUUUGCACCAGUUAUAAAUAUUAUGAGAGAUCCUAGAUGGGGUCGCAAUCAGGAAACCUAUGGAGAAGAUCCUGUUCUUAAUGGUAUGUUAUCACAAGCUUAUAUUAAAGGUUUACAAGGAGAUCAUCCUAGAUAUGUUAGAGCUAGUGGUGGUUGUAAACAUUUUAAUGUUCACGGUGGACCAGAUAAUGUUCCUGUGUCUAGAAGUUCUUUUGAUGCCCAGGUUAGUAUAAGAGAUUGGAGGACAACGUUUCUACCAGCGUUUAGAUAUUGUGUUGAAGCUGGUACAUACAGUCUUAUGUGUAGUUAUAACAGAAUCAAUGGAGUUCCAGCCUGUGCUAACGAGUUUCUACUAACUGAAGUUUUAAGAAAAGAAUGGGGAUUUAAAGGUUAUGUUGUCAGUGAUGAAGAAGCUUUAGAAAAUGUAAUUUAUCGACAUAAAUAUGUCAAUAACACAGUAGAUGCUGCUACAGCAUGUGUUAAAGCAGGAUGUAAUCUGGAACUUUCUGGUAGACAAGAAAAAAAUGAAGUUUACAUGUCAAUAAGCGAUGCAGUUUCUCAGGGUAAACUGACAGAAGAUUUGGUACGAGAGAGAGUGAAACCAUUGUUUUAUACUAGAAUGAGGUUGGGAGAAUUUGAUCCACCAGAAAUGAAUCCCUACGCCUCAAUUACUACUGAUGUUAUUGAAGAAAAAGCUCACAGAGAUCUAGCUGUAGAAGCUUCAAUGAAAUCCAUGGUUUUGUUGAAAAAUGAUGGAUUCCUGCCACUGCAACAAACAUCUUUCAAUAAAAUAGCCGUUGUUGGACCUUUUGGUGAUAGUGCUUACAUCAUGAACGGUGAUUACCAAGCUUCACCAGAUCGUCAAUUUAUAACAACACCAAGACAGGGUUUAUCAUCAUUAGCUUCUAGUACUAUCUUUGCUCAAGGUUGUGAUGAUGCUAAAUGUAAGAGCUAUGAUUCUAACUCGGUCAAAUCUGCUGUUGAUGGUGUUGAUGUGGUGUUUAUUUGUCUUGGAUUAGGUAAGUAG